AUGAUUCCAAGGCAACAAUCCUCCUCCUCAACCUCUUCAUUAUUGACCAACUCUCAACGUCUUUUUGCAAGCCAUCUCUAUCAAGCUCUUCAAAAUGAAACUCAUUCCGAUCAACAAACUCGAUCAUCAUCAUCAUCACCGAAUGAACCGAUGAAUAUCAUCUUCUCUCCAUUCUCGGUGUUUAUGGCCUUGUCCAUGACCAUGUGUGGAGCUUCGAAUGAGACUCUCCGAGAUAUGGCUUCUGGUUUGUCCAUUCCGUUCAGUAUGGAUCAAUUCGCUGAAUUUAAACAACAAGUCAUGAAGCCUUUCAUGUCCAAAAUGAUGAAACAAGUCUUGGAUAAGAAUUCCAGCGAACUCGCAUUGGCCAAUAGGAUUUAUGUCGCUCACAAUGCCACUCUUGUAAAGGAAUUUCAAGAUUUUGUCAAGGAAGCCUUUGAUUCACAAGUAGAAACGUGUAAUUUUGAGCAAAAUGCGUCCAAUGAACGAAUCAAAAUCAAUGAAUGGGUUGAAAAACAAACUAAUCAUCUCAUUAAGAAUCUACUUCCACAACAAGCUGUAAAUCGUGACACGAGAGUCAUCUUGGUGAAUGCCAUUUACUUUUUAGGAACUUGGAAAACUCAGUUCGAUAAGAAACUCACCAAGAACAAUCAAUUGUUUUAUUUAUUGAAUCAUGAUGAACAAUCAAAAGACAGAACUUGCAAAGUCACCAUGAUGAAUAUGAGUAAUGCCAAAGUUCCUUAUGGAAGUAACAAUUGUUACAAAUGGGUCCGUCUCUAUUACAGUAAUACAGAAUUUUCCAUGACACUCGUUUUACCUGAAUCAAAUCCACAACAGGUUACUGUUGAAAGUGAAAAGAAAUUGGAUGAAUUUAUUUCACAACAAGUAGCCUCUCCUUGUCCCUUCUCAACAUCAGAAACCAAACUCACGACACUUUCCAUUCCAAAAUUUAACAUUGAAUAUGAAACUUCGAUGAGUGAAAUUCUUAAACAAACACCCUUCUCAAUGACCAGUGCUUUUCAAAAUUCUGAUUUUUCCAACCUCUCUGCCAAUGAACCUCUUCAAAUUAGUGACGUCAUUCAUAAGGCUGUAAUUAAGGUCGAUGAAAGUGGCACAGAAGCUGCAGCUGCUACAGCAGUCGUGAUGACCAGAUGUGCUGCCGUCUCUCACAAACCAACCUAUGCAUUUAUUGCAAAUAGACCUUUUGGUUUGAUCAUUCGUCAUGAACCCACUGAAACCGUGCUAUUUAUGGGAAAGGUCAAUCGUUUGUAA